AUGAAUGAUGCUCAUGCUUGCUCCACUCCCAUGGUUGUAGGGACAAAGUUAUUCUUAGCCGACAAUAAUAUUUUUGAGCACCCUAGUCUGUAUAAAAGCACCAUAGGGGCCCUUCAGUAUCUUACUCUUACAAGACCUGAUCUUAGCUUUCCUAUUAAUAAACUAAGUCAGUUUCUAUCUGCCCCUACUGAUCUUCAGUGGCAAGCAUGCAAGAGAAUUCUUCGAUAUGUUAAAGGGACACUUGAUUAUGGACUGCAUUUUCAAUCAGCCCAUCCUCUCACUAUUGAAUGUUAUGUUGAUGCUGAUUGGGGUAGCAAUUUAGAGGAUAGAAGAUCCACUAGUGGCUGUUGUGUAUAUAUGGACCCUAAUUUGAUUCAAUGGAGCUCAAGAAAACAGAAGGUUGAGGCUCUAUCUUCCACCGAAGAUGAAUAUACGGCUUUAGCACAAACUACCACAGAAGUGGCCUGA